GCCUUCUGUCCUUAGGGGUCACAGACAGACAUAUGGCGACCCUCGCCGGCCGCACGCUCGUCGUGACCGGCGGCAGCCGCGGCAUUGGUCUCGCCAUCGCAAAGCGCGCCGCGGCGGACGGCGCCAACAUCGUCAUCGCCGCCAAGACGGCGGCGCCGCACGCCACGCUGCCCGGCACCAUCCACACGGCCGCAAAGGAGUGCGAAGAGGCUGGCGCACCAAAGGCGCUCGCAAUACAGUGCGACAUCAUGGACGACGCUGCCAUCGAGCGGAUGGUCGCCGCGACGGUCGGCGAGUUUGGCGGGAUCGACAUCCUCAUCAACAACGCAUCGGCCAUCGACAACAGCGGGACGCUGGAAAUCCGCGCGAAAAAGUAUCAUUUGAUGCACCAGAUCAACGGGCGCGGAACCUUCUGGACGUCCAAGCUCUGCCUCCCUCACCUGCUCAAGAGCAGCAACCCGCACGUGCUCAACCUCUCACCGCCGCUCGACCUCGACCCACGGUGGUUUAAGAUGGGUGGCGUGGCAUACACGAUGGCAAAGUACAACAUGAGCAUGUGCGCCCUGGGCAUGGCUGAGGAAUUCAAGGGCCAGGUCGCGUUCAACUGCUUGUGGCCAAGGACCGCCAUCGCCACGGCGGCCAUCAAGAUGCUCGCUGGCGAGCUGGGCGUCUCCGCCUCGCGCAGCGUCGACAUCAUGGCGGACGCGGCGCACUGGAUCCUCACGCAGCGGAGCGGCGAGUGCAGCGGCAACACCUUCAUCGACGACGAGGUGCUCACGCAGAGGGCCGGCAUGAGCGAGGCGGAUCUCGACAAAUACCGCGUCUCGCGACUCGUGCCGCUCAUGCCCGACUUCUACGUGGGCGACCCGGCGGCGCUGGAAAAGUACGUCGACGGCGCGCGAAAGAUGCAGGGGAUGGUCGGCGCAUUUACGUCCGCCUUCAAAAAAUAGAUCGGCGAGCCGUUGUCGAUCUGUUGAGUGUGCAUACUUAAAAGCAUAUCAAAAGCAUAAA